UGCUCAUUACAGUAAAAUUUAUGCUAUUUCUCUGUUCCUAUUCAUCGAUUUGGUAGUAAUCAGUUUAAUCACCAUCCAAUUUCUUCCGAAUAUUCUUGACAUUGUUUUGCCGUUGGACGAGCCACGGCCACGUAAACUUUUUUCUAUGGCAAAAUAUUCUGUUUCUCAGGAUAAAUACUUUUACACUAGACUGUGGCAUGAGCUCGUACUAUUUGCAAUAAAUGCAUCAAUUGUAUUUGCGACAGCGUCACAAUUGUUAGUAUUUUGCUUUCAUAUUUUCGGGAUGUUCAAAAUUGCCAGCAAUCGAAUAGAAUAUUUUAUUGAGGAUAGCGUUUUGCAUGUACCAUAUCCCGAGAAGGAAUACGCAAUUUACAAAAGGGUAAUGAAUGCCGUAAUCAUACACCGUAGAGCUAUGGAAUUUUCCAAUACUUUUAUAUCUACGUUUAAUGUAUCAUAUUGCAUUCUUAUUUUUACUGGAGUGACUUCGCUAAGCAUCAGUUUGUACGGAUUCGUGGAAGCGGCAACAAUAUCAAAGAGUUUGAGCAACAUAGUGCUUACUCUUAUUAUUAUAUUGAGUCAUUUAGUUUAUAUGUUUAUAGCAAAUUAUGUUGGACAAAAGAUUACAGAUUAUUCUAACGAACUUUUCAAUUUAACAUACGGUACAUCAUGGUACUUGAUGCCUGUGUCAUCACAAAAAUUAAUUUUGUUUUUAAUGCAAAAAACCGGCAAAGAAUUCUGUCUAACUGUCGGUUUUAUAUUUACAGCAAAAUUAGAAACUUUCGCCAUGGUAAGAGAUAAGACAAAGCAUAAAAAAAUAUUAGAAUUUUACUGGAAUAUGUACUUUUUUAUUCUUAUCCAGCUUGUGAAUGCCGCGAUGUCCUAUGUUGCUGUGAUGUACGGUCGCGCCAAUUAA